AUGGACUCCCAAACAAACAGGUGGGCAGGGAGGUCGCAGGCUAGGCCAGGGUUCAUUCCUGGUGUGUGUGUGGGGGGGUCUUUCCCCCCACCCCAAGGUGCCCCAAACCUAUUGGGUGCUGUUUCCCCCCCUCUCCCUUCCUCUCUCCUGGAGAUCCACAGCAAAACAGCCUUGGAGAGGCGUUUGAGGGUUUGUGUCUGUGUGUGGGGCGUUUGGGAAGAGCGGUGAGCAACUUGUGGUCUUCUAGCUUUCGUUUGCUUUCUCUCUCUCCCCUAAAUCACUUUCCUUGAGUGUUUCUGCUUUCGCCUGGAAGGCUGCUGUAAGAAAGGGCUGCAUCUACAGCAGGCCUCCCCUAGCCCCACAACCUGGCUCCCUCCAGAUGUUUCGUACUACAACUCCCAGCAGGAACCAGGUUGCGGGGACGUUGCCCUAGAUCCCGACGCAGGGAUGAUAUGGGCUCCCCUCUACUCUCCUGUUGGGCUUCUUUCUUCAGAGGUACGUCCCUUUUAGCUUGGGGGGGGCUCACUCCUAAGCGAGUGGGUUUAGGACAGCAGCUUUGAAUGUGGGUUUUAUUUAAGGACGGGACACAGAAGGGGCAGGAUUGUGCAAAACCAGUCAGAGCGAAUUGGACCAGGAAGCACUGCGUGUCUCUGAAAGUGAGGGAUAUGAAAACCAAACUCGAGGGACCCAGGAAGGGUUUUCCGCUGCGAUCAAACCAGAACCGACAGAACCCGACGGCGUUUUCAGGCAGUGCGGUAUAGUGGUUAGUGCGCUGCCGGAGACCAGAGUCUUUGGUCUGCUCUUAAGAGAGGGGAAGAAGACAGGUUGGCCAGGAAUGGGGUGAAGGGAGAGAGAGAAUUGCUGCUUUUUAUAGCUGCUCCAGGUUGAUCAGAAGCCCCCGACUUCUAACUUCACCCUAAACACUCUGCGACGGCGCCCAGUGAUACCCGCAACCUUGCACUUCCUCCAGCAAGAGAGGCAGGAGAUGUCCUAGGCAGGCAGGGUGGGGCGACCAGAAGUUCAACAGGAAACAGCUGUUUGCAGCGGGUGAUUAAUGGAGGUGCUUGGAGUGAAAAGGCGAGAUUUAUUUCUGCAGAUCUUGGUCAUAAUCUUAACAGGGACAGGCUAGCUUCUCAGGGCAGGAUCAGAAAGGGGCUGGCUGGCUGGCUGGCUGGCCUUAAUGUGUAUAGGUCAGACCCACACUAUUUAAAGCACAUCAGAAACUGCACCCCCAAGAGACUCCUGGGAAAAGUAGUUUGUUCAGGAACUGGAACUCUGCAACGGGAAAAGUGCCGUUCCCAGAAUUACUGGGAGGACGUCAUGCGCCUUUCUUUUGUGCAUUAUCUCCCACCUUCCUGUUCAAGGGGGUGGGUUCGUAGUCCUCCCCCUCCUCAGAAAACUAGGUUAGGCUGAGGGGGCAGUGACCGUGUCACCCAGUGAGCUUUGUGGCCGAGUGAAGAUUCGAACUCGGAUCUCCCAAGUCCUCGUCCGGCACUCUAACCACUAUACCACACUGGCAUUAACCGUGAGGCAGCCCUUUGUUAGGCACCUUUAGGUGCCGGGCGACAAGGGUCCUCUUCACCCAGGCCUUGAGCUGACUGACAUCCGACACCCUUUGAAAUCUGUUGUGGGAGAGGGGACGGUUGGUUUGCCGUUGUCCUUGUUUUUAUAUCCUUCUUAUUUUUACUAUGUAUUUCGUGGGGUUUUUUGUAUCAAUAUUUUGACGGAAAAGGUUUCGGUUACGAAGAAAGGGAUGCGAAGAAAAAGAAACGAAAAACAAAACGGGACAUAAAUGCGUAGAAAGAAACAAUAUAUGAAUAUAUACAAUGUAGGAAAAAAUACAAUGUAAUGUACUCCCAUGCAUUCUGGAACGGAUUUGAUAUUAUUAUCCUAAUACAUAUGUAAACAUGAAUAGCCUACUGUUGUAGUUUUAUGUUGCGAAGAUCUGUCCUGAGAUCUGGCGGUACAGUGGUACCUCAGGUUAAGUACUUAAUUCAUUCUGGAGGUCCAUACUUAACCUGAAACUGUUCUUAACCUGAAGCACCACUUUAUCUAAUGGGGCCUCCCGCUGCUGCCGCGCUGCUGGAGCCGAUUUCUGUUCUCAUUCGGAAGCAAAGUUCUUAACCUGAAGCACUAUUUCUGGGUUAGCGGAAUCUGUAACCUGAAGCAUAUGUAACCUGAAGCGUAUGUAACCUGAGGUACCAUUGUAUAUGAAUUGAAUAAAUGAUUAAAAAUAAAAAUAAAACCACAGUCCGAGAGCACCCUCUGGCUAGGUAGGGGGUUCCCUUUCUGUUUCAGAAUUUGAAGGAGCCCACCCUGGGUUAACUUUUGCCCUCCCAACGGCAGGAUUUAUUGGCACCCGAUAUUCUAGUUGCCCUGCUCUGCUGCGAGGCAGCGGAGAGGGGCUAGGAAGCAUGGGGGCUGGCGCCCCUCAGUUGGGGGGCUGGUGUGGACCAAUAAUAAUAAUAAUAAUAAUAAUAAUUUAUUAUUUAUAGCCCACCCAUCUGGCUGGGCUUCCCCAGCCACUCUGGGCGGCUUCCCCAAAAAAAUAUUAAAAUACUGUAAUACAUCAAACAUUAAAAGCUUCCCUAAACAGGUCUGCCUUCAGAUGUCUUCUAAAAGUCUGGUAAUUGUUGUCCUCUUUGGCAUCUGGUGGGAGGGCGUUCCACAGGGAGGGCGCCACUACCGAGAAGGCCCUCUGCCUGGUUCCCUGUAACUUCUCACAGGGAGGGAACCGCCAGAAGGCCCUCGGAGCUGGACCUCAGUGUCCAGGUAGAACGAUGGGGGUGGAGACGCUCCUUCAGAUAUACUGCACCGAGGCCGUUUAGGGCUUUAAAGGUCAGCACCAACACUUUGAAUUGUGCUCGGAAACGUACUAGGAGCCAGUGUAGGUCUUUCAAGACCGGUGUUAUACGGUCUCGACCAAGUAUAGAAGAACAGGAUGCCGGGUUUGUUUUGACACGGAGAGCUAAUCCAUUAAGCCGACCUUCAGGCUUCCAAGGUCUGCUCUCCAUCCCUGGGGAAAGCUCAGGGAGAAGUCGUCUAAUCUCCCCGCUUCCUCUCCCCACCUGCGCAGGAUGGGUGCCCCGCCGCCCAGCCCCCUGAGCCUGGAGUACCUGGACGACAUCGACCUGCUGCGCUUUGAGGUGAAGCAGGAAGUGUCCCGCACGGGGGGCAGCUUCUCCCUGAGCUCCACACCCUGCAGCUCCGUGCCCCCUUCGCCCACCUUGGACAAGGCGGGCGACCCCAAGUCCACCCUCGAAGAGUUGUACUGGAUGGCCACGCUCCACCAGACGCUGGCGGCGGCGGCGGCAGGGGGUGGCCCCGAAGCCCAGAUGAUGCCAGGUCUGGACGAGGCGGUGGAGGCUCUCCUGGGCGUCCCGGUGAUGGAUGGGGGUCUUCGGGGCGGAACGGCCCCACAGCUCCAAGGUUUCUUAGGGGCCAUCGAGGGAGCCGGUGGGGAACAGCAGCAGGUGAGAGGGAGCGGGAAGAGGUUGGCGGGUGGGUGGGUUGAAUUAUGGGCGUUUGGGGAGUGGGAGACAGAAUGGGGGGGCUCUGUAAAGUGCCGAGAGGUUCGUAGGAGAAAGGCGGGAGAGACGGAAGGGUCCUUUUUCAGACCAGAGGCCUAUUUUUCCGUUCCAGAGUUCAAUAAAAGAAAGGUCCCCCUGAGACAGCUCAGUCGGUUAGAGCCGGAGGGUCUUAAUCACAAGGUGGUGGGUUUGAGCUCCAUGUUAUGCGAAAGAUCACUGCAUUUCAGGGGGUUGGACUAGAUGACCCUCGGGUGCCUUCCAGCGCUACAAUUCUGGGAUUCUAACAUGUGCAACAUGUCAUACCAGGAAAUAAACAAGCAUAGGCCCCUCCCACUGCUGAAGUUAAGAGGGUUUUAUGCCCAAGACUUUUACUGCCUGCUAUUCGCUUUCCAAGCACUGGAGAUGUAAAGACGAAUGCCCGCUGCCCUUACAUGCCUCUGAGAGCCACAAUGUGGAGAUCUACCAGAAAAGUACAGUGGUACCUCUGGAUGCGAACGGGAUCCAUUCCGGAGCCCUGUUCACAUCCUGAAGCGAACGCAACCCGCAUCCACGGGUUGCGAUUCGCCGCUUCCGUGCAUACGCGUGAUGUCAUUUUGAGCGUCUGCGCAUGCGCAAGCGGCGAAACCCGGAUAUAACGCGCUCUGUUACUUCUGGGUCGACACGGAGCGCAACCCGAAAAGGCUUAACCUGAAGCGACUUCAACCCGAGGUAUGACUGUAAAUAAAUAUAAACAAACAUAACAUAAAAUCAUACAAUUGUAGAGUUGAACGGGACCCUGAGAAUCUUCAGGCCCAACUCCCUACGACGCAGGAAUGUUUUGCCCAAUGUGGGAUUCGAACCACCCCACCCCAAGUUUAAGAGUCUCACGCUCUACCGACUGAGUUAUCCGGGCGGGGACAAAAGUUGGCAAGGGGUAUUCACAGAUAAUUCUGCCGUGGAGAUUUUCUUCCACCAGGGAGGCUGGUUGGUUACAGGGGGGAAAAACCUGAGGGAUUUCCUGAGGGAAAUGUCUCCGGAGGGAUUUUCGGCUCUCCUACUCACCGGCGUUUCUUCUCCCUUUCCCUCCCUUCCUUUACAGCUGUCCACGCUCUGCGACCGCUUCUCCGAUGCGCAGCUGGUCUCCAUGUCGGUGCGCGACCUCAACCGCCAGCUGCGCGGCUUUGGCAAAGACGAGGUUCAGCGGCUGAAGCAGAAACGGCGCACGCUCAAGAACCGCGGCUACGCCCAGUCGUGUCGCUUCAAGAGGGUUCAGCAGCGCCACGUCCUCGAGGCCGAAAAGUCCCAGCUGGCGCAACAGCUGGAGUCCCUGCGCGCCGAGGUGGCGAGGGUGGCUCACGAGAGGGACAUCUACAAGGCCCGCUGCCAGAAGUUGUUGGGGGACGCCGGGGGGCACUGCGGCGAGGGGGCGGAGCCUCCGGCGCCUCAGCCCACCUCGAUGGCACAUUUUUACCUAUGA